UUUCCGUCACGUGACCAGAAGUGAAAUAUUAGCCGUCCGGUGUUGGAUUUAUGGAAUUAAAAAAACAACUCCGUAAUAUUUAAUGUCUUCAUUAACAUUACACAUAUGGAAACGAUGGCGUAACGUUUUGAAUUGCAAGUAUGAAGUGGAACGAUGAUGCUCCCAAGGCCGGUGAGAAAACAAUUGCCUGCGACCACUCGGAUACUCUCGGAUGACGCCGGCUCCCUUUUCAAUGCAACAUAAAAAGGCUGUAAAAUCAUGAACGACUCGGACCAGGACUUUGUCGAUCUCUGUUCCAAGAGGCUGAAGCGUUUUUGCAAGAAAGUAGUCGAGCCUAAACAACAAAAGAGAGCUGCAGACAAGAAGCCCUCAAGUCAGCCCAGCGAUGGAGACAAGAAAGGAAAGCAAAAGGAGGGUGAUGCCUCUCAUUGUGUUGCAACUGGAUCGCCGUGUUUGGAUGUGGAUGAUUCAGGAGACGCUGUAGCAGCUUCAGGACAAAAAACUGAUAACCAUGCGUGGAGGCGUGUUGAGAUAGUGCUCAAGAGGAUGCAGCACUUCAAAAGAGCAAGUCCACCGAGGAUGGCUCACAAGAGUCCGCCUUUAGGGAUGGAUCCUGAACCUCCACAAACAGGUGUACCACAAUCCUCCGUCUCUGACAACCAACUGAGGUCCCUGGAUAGUGAUGAAGUUCUGGCCAUGCGACUGCAGCAGGAGCUUGAUCGUGAGGCAGCAGAGGCCCACCAUCUGGACCUAGAGGAUGGGGGCCUCUUCUUCUGUCAGAUCUGCCACAAAGACAUGUCUCAUAUGACACCCGAAGGACGCACACAGCACAUCAACAGGUGUUUGGACGACACCGAACACCAAAUAGCUGCUCCCCAUCCUCCUCGUCCUCGUGGUGUGCCCGACUGUCCAAUCUGUGGCAAGAAGUUUAAGUCACAGAGGAGUCGCUCCACCCACUUGAAGCGCUGCUCGUCAGACAUGGGAGUCAGUCCUGCUGACCUGCUGCAGGCCGUGCAGAGACAGACUGAGGAGACACAAAGUGCAGCUGCUACCAACGUGAUCUCACAGACUGGAGGCGCAAAAAGGAAAGGCACAACUACUUCAGGACUACCAGCGAGGAAGAAGCCCAGGAAAAAAAACGAACCCCUGGAUGAGGACACAAUGGUGGCCCUGGCUCUGUCUUCGUCCCUGUUGGAACAGCAGAAAGCAAGUCCCAGUGCGACAAACACAGAGACAGCUUCUCAUUCGUCCAAGACUGCUGUCUUAAAGUGGAGAUCAGAUGGAGGUAAGGGGCGUGGGAAGAGGAAAAAGGACGCAGUACCUCGGCCGCCUCCUAUCCUCCUCAUCCAGGAUGCUGAUGCUGCUCUGAUGAGGCUGCAGGAACGUGUUUCUGCUCUUCUUCUACGCACUCGAGCCCCGUCUCCACCUACUCCUACCCGCUGUGCCAGCAAAUUGUCCGUCUUGAACGGCGCUGCCCCACUAUGGGAAAAGAGUGCACUAUUAAAUGGAGACGCCACCUGUGUCUGGGACUUCUUCGUGCCAGAGCUUAAAGACUUCUUCACACCUUGGAAAUCAGCCCAGACUGUCUCAGCUUCGUCCCACACCAACGACAAGCCAAGUUCUUCUCUUCAACCUUUGAGUGAAGGAACUACCAUCCCCAAGGAUCAAACUCUGUUAUCCGCCGAUACAACCGCUUGUCCCUCAGUUCCCUCCACUCCAACCGCUGGGCGGUUUCCAGCGAGCAGCCAGGCCCUGAGAGACCUGGUGGAGCUGGCUGAUGAUGUCACAGCUCUAUCUUAUUGCGACCACACUGGUCCUGGCGAUGACCAGCUGUCAACAAACCUCCAACUCAGUGGCUUCAUUCUAGAUGAGAGGGAGGACUUCUGUGUGAGCGGCUUCUUACCUGAAACAGUACACCCUUCCUCAAAGGAAAAGUCAUUAUGUCCUCCAGGUGCAGCUGAGGGCAGCAGCCAGCCAUCAUCAGGGGCACUAUCCACAUUGGUAUCCAACCUAAGCAGCAUGGUUAACAACCCUCAGCUUAGUGACUUACAACUCCAGGUGGAUACUGGAGAAGUUUUUUUUGCCCAUUCCUUCAUGGUUUACGCACGCUGCCCCCUUCUGGCACAAAUGAUGCAUUUAAGUGGAUUCGGGGUGAAAGAGGAGGGAAUGGCUGCAGCUCAGAGGGUGUUGAUCAAUGAUAUACCUGCACAGGCCGUGUUGGUUCUGCUGCAGUACCUCUACACUGCCCAGGUGUCACUUUCAUCGUCAUUGCAGCCACAUGUGCUGGAGUUGGCAUCCAGGUUCGAUCUACAAGAGCUGCAGCAGCUCUGUGAGCGCUACACUCAGGAAACAUCAGCUGAGUAUGACGAUGGCGACCUCACCAACCACGGGGAGCCUCUCCGCAGUUGCACAGACAAGGACCUGACGGCGCUCUUUAACUCCAUGUGGAGUCAUGAGGAUGACGCGGACGACGGAGAAGGAGAUGACGAGAGUGCUGUCGAAAAGGCAAAAGGAGAGACCCACGAGGAGCGAGUGAAUCAGGAAGAGCUGGAUGAGAUUUAUGAGUUUGCUGCCACGCAGAGAAAGCGGGAGGAGGAGGAGAUGGAGAGCGUGGAUGACAGUGAGGGAGAUGAUGGCGGCGUGACGAGUAAAAGGACUCCUGAAGAAUCCAAUGAAAAAAAUCUUGAUCGUAGCUCGGGGAGCAGCUAUAGUCGCCUCUUCUCAGACACUUUCUGUUUUCCUUCAGAGAAGAAACAUCUUUCUUCUUCUAAAUCAUCUGCCAAAACUUUGCUUCAGUCCUCAGCAAGUGUGGGCAGUGACCUUUCCCCCACUACCUCCUCAUUGCCUGUGCCAGGUGUGUCUCCUGAUCAGGAAGUCAGCUGCGUCAAGGAAACAACUGCUGUUAGACAUGAUUCACCUUCUAAAUCAGCACUCAAAGAAGAACCAGAGCUGAUCGUUUUGACGGACUCAGACGACAGCCGGCUUAGCUUCACUCAGUUAAGACCUGAAGAGUCCACAGGGGUGAAGAAACAAUCCAGCAGUUUGGAGUUUAGUUCGAAUGAGCCUUCUCCUAACCAGCCUGUUGAAAAUGGAGAGCAGAUGAAUGCAGAUUGUUCUCCGGAGCUUUCCUGGCUCAUCCCGCCAACCCCAGUCUGCAGCAGUCCCACAAGGACAAGGACAGGCAGGGACUGUUCUCCCCAGACCAAGAACAGCAUGCGCAGGACUCAACUGUUCCCGAAAGACGACUGUUCUGUCACGUCAGCAUUCAACAACAGCGCAAAGGCACCUGAUGGCAUUUUGACUGCCAUGUUGGAGGAAGUGGACUCUCCAGUGUUUGCGAAACCACAACUCUCAACUUCAUCUCACCGUCACGUGUCCUCAAAGCAUGAGACGUCGCUCCAACGCCACACCGAGCCUUACAGCAGCACCCCUCUGCACACCUGGCCACCGUGUCAAGAAAGUCCCAGGUCGCCCUUUGAGAGCCCUGAGAAGACGGAAAUUGGGAGCUUGCAUUUCUCCCCCUUCUGCGUCGCUCCUCACAUGAGUCCUCAGAGACAAAGUCAAAGUCUCGCUAAGCUGGCGAGGAGUAGAGUAACAAGUGAGAAAGAAAAGCUGGAGGCAGAGUUGGAGAGGAGAAGCACAGAUGAAGGAGAAGCAAGACAGUCAAGUUUUGAGCAGCACUUCAUGGCCAUGGACGAGCCACCGAUGGCUUUCAACGACUCGUGGGGCUUCGACGCUUGUGAUGACGCAGCGAGGAACUCUGGCUUCUUCAGCCUGAGACUGGAGGACAGCGGAGGAGCCGACCAAGGAGAACACAGGGAAGAAAAGGAAAGACGUGACAACGAGUCAGCCCCGUCCACCAGUAGCCACCUUCCACCCAUGAGUACAAAUCUUCCCACUUUGUCGCCAUCACCAACUGAUCCUAACACAGACAGCCUCCUGGUCGCUAACGUAUGGGACAGCUGGGGUGAGGAAGAAGAUAUUCUUCCUCUUUCUCAAAGGCUGAACCCUUCUGCUCAGCUCAAAACUCCAAAAUCUUCUGGUAAUAAAAGGCGUCGCAAUCUGGUGCCCAUCACUCCAAUGCCUCACUACUCGGAUCUGGACACACCUGAGCUGAAGAACAAACUCAACAGCUUUGGUGUCCGUGCUUUACCUAAGAGGCAGAUGAUCGUCAAGCUGAAGGAGAUUCACCGGUACACCCACCAGCUGCUCGGCUCUGAAGACGAAGACGAAGCACAGAGCAAGCGUCCUGCCUCCAAGUCGUCUGUCUCUUCCAACUUCAAGGAGCCCGGAGCGCCUGUUGCCGUGGCUCCUGGGAGACGCCAACAAGGAGACGAGGCGGACGCAGAGCUGCUGUCCAACUCUCAGGGCUCCAAUGCCUCUUCAACUACUGCAAGUGAAGAAUCCGAGCGGUCCAACCCAGAGCUGUGUCUUUCCUCGGGUGGCGACUCGGACGACGACAUCUCAGCUUCCCAGGCCGUCACCCGCCUCCGAGAUCGCCUGCAGGCCGUGCGUUCUUUCAUCCUGUCCGACUCGGACCUGUACGGUCAGAUCCUUCAGUACCAGCCUCUGGUCCUGUCUCAGCUCCAGCAGCGCCUGAAAGCAGCUGGCAUCCGCUUAGGCGCCGCCAAGCUGGUGGACUAUCUGGACUCCCAGUGCAUCACUUUCACCACGGCUAAACCAGGACAGCCCGCACGUUCUCGCAGGCGAGUCAGGAAGGCUGGCAAGAAAGGGAAAGGAGGCGCUGGAGUCCGAACUUCAAAAUAACCAGGGAAAAUAGGUAUGUUUUUUUUAAGGACAUGUUUGGGUUCUUAUGGACAGAUUGCAGUUUUAUUACUUAAAGGGGCUGUUUGCAACAUUUACACAGAUUUCUACAGGGCACCAACUUUCCAAUGUAUUUUACACAGCAUAUAGCGCCCUCUUUUGGCUUCUCACACGUAACUAAGUACGCAUGUAACACAUGCACACGUAUGAGCUUUGGUUGUUGUUAGCUAAUAAUAGCAAUUUGGAUAGCUAGGGUUAUCUGUCAUUGAAUUUGUAUUCUAGCAACAUGACUGCUUUUGUAUGUGUGCACGCAUUCCAUACGCAUACGUGUUGACGAGACCGGGUGAGUGACCGUCAAACACCAUUUUUUUCCCGGGCCGGUAAAGAUUUUUAGUACAUAACGUUUGUGUAAAAUAUAUGUGUUCCUUUAAACCACUAAAUGGUGACUUCAGCUAGCUGGUGGUGUUAUAUUUUUUGCUUCGAAAAAUGUUACUGUGAGGAAGUUGCAAACAUCACUUUUAAGCAUGUUUCUAUAUUUAAAGUAUUAUUGACUUUUCUUAAAAAUGUACUUUUACGAAAAAUAAACAUGUGUAUUACUUUGUAAA